AUGGUCCAACUAAAGCAGGUGUCUCUGCGACUGAAGUCAAUUAAAAAUAUUCAAAAAAUCACCAAAACCAUGAAGAUGGUCUCCGCAAGCAAAUUUACAAAAGCAGAGCGUGAACUCCAAGCGGCUCGUCCUUUCGGCUACGGGCCCCGCAAGUUUUACGAGUCGAGCCACUUGGUGAAGGGUCCCGUAGACAAGAAACCAGCUGCCGAUGCUAAGAUUGAACCGGAGGUCGUCAAGCCCGAGGAUGAUAAAAAGACAAAAAGAGUCUACGUCGCCAUGACGUCGGAUCGAGGUUGGUUACCGCGCCGCUGCUUCGAAGGAACUUAUGUCUAA